AGAAGGUUGCUAAUGAUUUUUCAGCUCAGGAACUCAUUAGCCACAGUUGUGUUUGUGUGUCAUACCUUUCGGUGGAUAUUUUUUUCCUUUAAUUUGUCCUUUUUUUCAUUUGGAGUCCACAUCAGCUAUUGGUAUCUACAGCAUCCUGCAGCAAGCAGUUCCACAGAGCACGAAAGCGAUGAUGAUUCUUACGAAGUGUUGGAUUUAACAGAAUAUGCCAGGCGUCACCAUUGGUGGAAUCGUGUUUUUGGCCGGAAUUCGGGACCAAUUGUAGAAAAAUAUUCUGUAGCUACACAGAUUGUAAUGGGCGGAGUCACUGGCUGGUGUGCGGGAUUUUUGUUCCAGAAAGUCGGAAAGCUUGCAGCAACUGCAGUAGGUGGUGGCUUUCUUCUGCUUCAAAUUGCUAGUCACAGUGGAUAUGUACAAGUUGAUUGGAAGCGAGUCGAAAAAGAUGUAAACAAAGCAAAAAAACAGCUGAAAAAGCGUGCAAACAAGGCAGCCCCUGAAAUCAAUACUCUAAUUGAAGAGUCCACAGAAUUUAUCAAACAGAACAUCGUCGUGUCCAGUGGAUUUGUUGGAGGCUUUUUGUUAGGCCUUGCAUCUUAAGGACCUGAAUUGUCUCCUCCUGAUGGCUUUGAUGUCAGCAAAGAACAGUUGGAGUGACACACUGCCUUAAAGCAGUGUGGCUCACUGGGCCCUGCAGUACAAGACAAAUGGACUAGCUAGACAGUUUGGAAGCUUUUACAUUUUACGCUUUUGCCUUUUGAAGCUUGGCGAAACUAGGAUUUGCUGAAGAAACUGUGCCGUGUGCUCAUUAUAGCAUUUCUGGGCAAAACUGUUUCAUCUUCAUCAUGACUCUUUUUAUCUAUGACCAUUCAAGAUCUAGCAUUUUUCAAAUGUCAUUCUUGGAAUAUAGAUAAGUAACCAUAUUAUAAGAAGGAAAGCUCCAUUUCUAUGUUUCUUCAAUUAAAUGUUUAUUUUAAAAGUAUUUUCAUGCUGUAGUAUAUAAUAUCAAUGACUGCAUAAUGUAUAUGAUAUUGUAGUUUCAGCCUCGUGGCUGACCACGUUCCUUAGAAGUCACUGCAAUAACCUAUAAAUCUGUAAUACCUUUUUACAGAGUAUUAAAUAAUGAAGAAUCAUGAGCUCAUUAAAGGCGAAAAUCCACUUUAACUCUGGCCUUUGUAUACGUUUGAGAAUAAGAGUCUAAUUUUUAUAACAUUCAGGCAUGGGGUAGAGGUAUUUGCCAAGAUAUUUGUGAUAUUUGAAUGCUAAGUAGAUGUAUGUAUGCUAUUUUUCCCAAGUUUGUAGUCAGGCUUAAACUCAUUGGUACAGCUGUAGUAAACCGAUAUCUAUUGCAAAUGCAGAUUCCACAAUGAUUUGAUGCUUAAUUAUUUUACACUUGGUAAUUCGUGGAGGACGUUUCAGACUUCAGCAGAUGGUAAAAUGAAGUGCUGAGGUUUGAGUACGUUGCAAGCGCUAGUACUUUGUAGCGCUUCAUAGCACGUCAGUACAACGUACCUUACAUGAACUGAAGGCUGCUCUUGCAAUCCAUUUUAGCUAGAAAUUAUAUUCACCUUAGUGUUCUACUUCUGCCAAAAGUAGGUACAGUUCUUUUACGAUUGUCACUUAAUUUGGCUUACAUUGUCCACGGUGUCAGCUCUGAGACGCUAGGAUAUAGAUUGGCUUCAGCUAGCUUAUUGGAAGAAUGUCUAUUUCCUCUGAAACCUGGGAAAGAAAACGGAACUUAAUCUGGUCUGUUUGCUGCCUGUCUUUUGACAGAUCAAAGCAGGAAGCAGAUUCUAAAGGAGAUGGGAGCCAUAACUCUGGAUAGGCUAGAAAAUUUGAAGUAGACUUUUCAGGUCAUUUUAGUCAUUUGUUACUAGAUUAUCCAAAAGAUGCUGGGAAUCCAAAAAAUGUUCCAUGCAUACCUCUCCCUUUCAAACUUGUGAACCUUUUAGAAACAGAAUCCUCCUACCCAAGAAAAUGUGAUGUUUGCUGUCUCCUGAUUUCUCUGUUUCUUACUGUACAAGUAAGCUAAUGUGGGACCGAGUCUGUCUCGUGCAGGUUGUCUUCAGUGCUUGUUCCCUUGUACAUUUGGUACUAAUGAAUCACUAUUGCUAUUUGGACAUGAACAUUUGUUGUACAGGACAUCUGAUGAAUGUCCAUCAGAUGGACUCUACAGGAGAGGCAUUUGGCAGAGUGGCCUAGUAUAUAUUUAGAUCAGUGCAUACGUGGACUUCAGGCCUGGAUUGUACGUUAACUUCAUAUGCAUGCUUCCGGCCAAGUCGAAUAAGUCAUGAAGCACGUCAUACAUACCUGCAAGGUUUAAGGGUUUAGUUAAGACAAACCUGCUUAAGAUUUUUGAUAUCUGAACUUUAAAAAUAACAAGGAGCAUGAAUGUCCGCAAAUAACAUGUUAUCAUCCUAAACAUGUUUUUUGAAAAGUAAAUAUCUAAAGCUAUGUAAACACAAUUGUAGUGUACUGGAAGUGGGAAGUCUAUGGAGGAAUGUGCAUGCUGGCUCAUCUGGGAUUGAAGAAAAGAAAUAUGAAAAUGUUAUUGUAGUAUUCAGGGCGAAGGAUAUUGAGAAGCUAACCGCCGCCAUGCUGUUUGCUGCUGAUGAAGAUGAAACUAAUGGAUUUUGAUCAAAAGUGUUACUGAAGACAACUCAGAGUUUAAAGCAGUAAGUCACCUGACCUGGCUGGAAGGAACUCAGGCAUUCAGGGGGGUUGUAAGAAUGAAAUGAACACCAUACUACCGUGAACCUGCAUACAUUUUAAAAAGGGCCCUCUCUGUGAAAGGAAUUCAAGGAAGCAUAUUGUCAUGUGUUUUCUAAAAGCUGUUGAAAUUACCUAGGAAUAAGCUUCAUAGUUAGAAUUAAAACAAAACAAAACAAACCUGAUUUAUAAUAGUCUGCAAGCCCCAUUUCUGUGGAAGAAAGUUCCUCUGCAAUUCCGUUACCAUUAUCUAAGAUUUGCAAUAAGAUGGUGAAAAAUGAACUGAUUAAGCUAAAUAUAUAUGUUAAAGCCAUUAGGAUAAGAAGAAUAAUGUUAUGGUAGAUCUAAAAAUAGCCAAGAGGCAAAAAGUAAAGGUAAGGAGAAACGGUAUAAUUGAAAAGGUGAGCAUUGGUGGUUUGUAUUAGGAUUGGCUUUAUGUAACGCAUUAAAGAUUUGAGAAAAUGA